AUGGCUUACAAGAUCACUAAUAUCUAUGUCAUCACCGCGGUGGCCGUCAUUGGCGGUGCACUAUUCGGUUUCGAUAUCGCUUCCAUGUCCGCCAUUCUUGGCACCCAACAAUACAAAUGCUUCUACAACCAAACCGGUGUUAACGCAGAUGGCAAGUGUGGUGGCCCUACCUCUGCCAACCAAGGUGGUAUCUCAGCUGCCAUGCCUGGUGGCUCUUGGGUCGGCGCCCUGGUUUCCGGUUUCGUGACUGACUACUUGGGACGUCGUGGUGCCAUUCAGUCUGGCUCAGUCAUUUGGUGCAUUGGUAGUGCUAUUGUGUGUUCAUCCUUCUCAAUUGCCCAACUCGUUGUGGGCCGUUUCAUCAACGGACUCUCCGUCGGAAUCCUCAGCGCCCAGGUCCCUGUCUACGUCGCCGAGUUAGCCCAGCCCAGCAAGCGUGGCCAAGUCGUUGGAGCACAGCAGUGGGCCAUCACAUGGGGUAUCCUGAUCAUGUUUUACGUCUCAUAUGGCUGUAGCUUCGUCUCGGGCAACGCCGCAUGGCGUACCCCAUGGGGCUUGCAGAUGGUUCCUGCCGGCCUGCUUUUCGGUUUGGUCUUCUUGCUUCCAGAGAGUCCACGUUGGUUGGCCAAGAAGGAUCGCUGGGAGGAGGCUCAUGAAGUUUUGGCUUCGGUCCAUGCCAAAGGCGAUCGCAAUGCUCCCUUCGUCCAAACUGAGUUGCAAGAAAUCCGCGAGAUGGUUGAGUUUGAGCGUGACAAUAAGGAUGCAUCCUAUCUCGAUCUCUUCAAGGGCAACAUGAUCUACCGGACCCACCUCGGUAUGUUCACCCAAGUUUGGUCUCAACUUACCGGAAUGAACGUUAUGAUGUUGUACAUCACCUAUGUCUUCGGUAUGGCUGGCCUCAGUGGAAACUCCAAUCUCGUCGCAUCCUCGAUUCAAUACGUCAUCAACGUGGUUAUGACCAUUCUUGCCUUGCUCUUCAUUGAUCGUUGGGGUCGUCGCACUCCCCUCUUGGUCGGUUCCACUCUCAUGAUGACCUUCAUGUUCGCCAACGCUGGAAUCAUGGCAUCCUAUGGCAGGCCAGCUCCAGAGGGCGGCCUUGAUGGAGUCGCCGAACAGUCAUGGGAUCUCUCCGACGCUCCUGCAGCUGCUAAGGGAGUCAUCGCUUGCACCUAUCUCUUCGUCGCCAGUUACGCACCCACAUGGGGUCCUGUUAGCUGGAUCUAUCCGCCUGAGCUCUACCCACUGCGCCUUCGUGGUAAGGCUGUCGCCCUAUCGACCUCAUCCAACUGGAUCUUCAACUUCGCCCUGUCGUACUUCGUCCCACCCGCGUUUGAGAACAUCAAAUGGAAGGUGUACUUGGUCUUUGGAGUAUUCUGCUUCGCAAUGACCGUCCAUGUCUUCUUCGCCUUCCCCGAAACCGCCGGCAAGACCCUGGAAGAGGUGGAGACCAUGUUCACGACCCCUGGUCUCGUACCCUGGAAGACAACAGUACAAUAUCAACAUGUUCGCAGGAUGGAGCGGGGAGCUCUCCAGUCUGAGAAACUGGCGGAUGUUCGUGCCGAGGAGGGAGAGGUUGUUCCGAAGUCUAGAGAUAAGGAGACAAACACUUCUCAGGUUGAAUAG